CCAGCGCCUUCCCACGCGCGCACAAACCGCGCCGCCGCCCGCCACCGGACGCCAUCUCCCCCACCUCUACGCCGCGGCCGCCCGACGGAGGAGCCAGCAGCUCGGAUGGCGGGAGAGGACGCGGCGGCAUGCGCGCCCCAGGUCGACGGGCACGCGCCGCGGGACGCCGCCUCGUUCGACGAGGAGACGCGGGCCCUCAUCGCGCCCGACGCCGGGAGCCUCCCGGCGACCCCGCCCUCCGCCGUCGAGGCCAACUUCGCGCGCUACUUCGUCGCCGAUUAUCUCAACCCAGGACAUGACCAGUUUGUGUACCGACAUCCAAAUGGGUUGUGCGUGGUUGGUUUAGCUCCAGCCCAUGUUGCACUGAAAGAGGAAGGGGGAAUAACUGCCAUUGACUUCAAUGUUGGCAAGACAGAUCGCAGUGAGAUAAAAGUCACAGGGAAACGCAAAAGGAAUGCACAACAUUUGCAAGAAAAUUCAGCAUUAUGUAAAGUCUGCACAAAGGAUAAAACUUUUGUGGUGAGGUGUUGCGUGAAAGGGCAGCUUUUGGAGAUUAAUGAUAGAUUGAUGAAACAACCCGAUCUGCUUAAUACCUCUGCCGACAGAGAAGGAUACAUAGCAAUCUUCAUGCAGAAACCAGGUGACUGGCUCAAAGUUAAGGAUAAAUUUCUUAGCUUUGAGGACUACAAAAACUUGAGAGGAAUCUGCUGACACCAAAAGAGGAAUUCAUGCCGGCCAAUUGUGUAUUAAUUUUACAAUUCAGAGCUGAAGCUCAGGUCUCAUCGGCCAUGGCCUGAUCCUCGCACAGAUGCCAUCUAUUUUAUUUAGAAUUUGAGAGCUAACUCCAGAUAAAUUCACCUUUACCGGCGUGAUAUGAAUCCUCUUGUAGUGGCCACAGUGAGGGAGUCUGUUCCCUUUUUCUGACAAUUUAGAAGCAUUAUUCUGAUACUUUCAAACUUAAUAGUCUACUCAACUGUAGAGCAAGCUUUGGAAUCGAAAUCAUUUGAAGUUCAUAGAGAGCUUAUGUGCUUCACUCCUUUACUGUAUAACUUGAUUGUUUCCCCCCACAGAACAAUGAUUGAGAAAUGUAUGCUAGUUUGAUACAAAUAAUGAAUGGAGUUUACUUAAUUUU